GACUAUGGGGCGUAUUGCGAGUACCUCUACGAUGCACAACUGUCGGCAAAUCCCGGUCUUGUGUCGUGCUUCUUCGUCUGCAAGUGGCUCAUUAGUAUUCCUGUAGCGUCCUUGAGACCCACCCCCAGCACCACUGUCAAACAGCGGCAGGGUGCGCACGGUGGAGGAGAGAAGUGAUCCAGGUAUCUGCAGGGCUCCACUUAGAUCUUGUCACGGGACCAAAACCCUCGGCUGUAACUGCUGUUUUUAAACGUGCCGGCCUGUGAAAUGGAGGCGAUUAUUCCUUAAGAAGAGCCAACCUGACGAGGAGGAUGAAGCCGCUGCUCUUGUUGAUGCUCUUGUGGCGCGGUGGGUUCUGCGGCUCCCCCAGCGUCCAGAUCGGUGGAUUAUUCCCAAGGGGGGCCGAUCAGGAGUACAGUGCAUUCAGAGUCGCUAUGGUCCAAUUUGGAACAACAGACUUCAGACUUACGCCACACAUCGACAAUUUGGAGGUGGCCAAUAGUUUUGCUGUCACUAACUGCUUUUGCUCCCAGUUCUCCCGAGGUGUCUAUGCCAUCUUUGGCUUCUACGACAAAAAGUCAGUGAACACCAUCACCUCGUUCUGCGAGACGCUCCACGUGUCCUUCAUCACUCCCUCGUUUCCUGUGGAAGGGAUGAACCAGUUUGUCCUCCAGAUGAGGCCGGAGAUAAAGGGGCCGCUGGUGUCCUUAGUGGAGUACUAUAAAUGGGAGAAGUUUGCCUAUCUCUAUGACAGCGAUAGAGGUUUGUCAACUCUUCAGGUGAUUCUGGAUACAGCAGCUGAGAAAAAAUGGGUUGUCACAGCGAUUAAUGUUGGAAACCUGAAAGAUGAGAGGAAAGAUGAGGCCUACCGCUCACUAUUUCAGGAUCUGGAAAUCCGUAAGGAACGGCGUAUUAUUCUGGACUGUGAACAAGACAAAGUUAAAGACAUCAUGGAACAGAUCAUCACCAUUGGCAAGCAUGUGAAAGGAUACCACUACAUUAUCGCUAACUUGGGGUUCGUAGACGGGGAUCUUUCUAAAAUCCAAUAUGGAGGGGCCAAUGUUUCAGGAUUUCAGAUUGUUGACUUUGACGAUCCUGUGGUGGCGAAGUUUGACCAGCGCUGGGAAGGCCUGGAAGAGAAGGAGUAUCCAGGGGCCGACACAAGGAUCAGGUACACUUCAGCGCUGACAUAUGACGCUGUCCAGGUGAUGACUGAGGCGUUCCGGUUUCUCCACAAACAAAGAAUAGAUAUGAGUCGCCGUGGAAACACAGGGGACUGUUUGGCAAAUCCGGCCGUUCCGUGGGCCCAGGGGGUUGAGAUCGAGCGUGCUCUAAAACAGGUGCGUGUAGAUGGUUUAACAGGGAAUAUUCAGUUCGACCAAUAUGGAAAAAGAGUCAACUACUCAGUCACCGUCAUGGAGCUGAAAAACAACGGGCCCAUCAAGAUUGGCUACUGGAAUGAGAUGGAUAAGAUGGUGGUGACCAAGUCCGACCUUUACCCUAAUGACACAAGUGGCAUGGAAAACAAGACCGUUAUUGUCACUACUAUACUGGAAGCCCCUUAUGUGAUGUUGAAGAAGAAUUCAGAGCUUUUUCAGGACAAUGACCGCUAUGAAGGCUACUGCGUUGACCUGGCUGCUGAAAUAGCAAAACACUGUGGAAUACGAUACCAGCUGAGGAUUGUGGGAGAUGGAAAGUACGGCGCAAGAGAUGCAGAGACUAAAAUCUGGAAUGGAAUGGUUGGAGAGCUGGUAUAUGGGAAAGCAGAUAUAGCAGUAGCUCCGUUGACCAUCACUCUGGUUCGGGAAGAAGUGAUUGAUUUUUCCAAGCCAUUCAUGUCUUUGGGGAUCUCCAUCAUGAUCAAAAAACCUCAGAAGUCCAAACCGGGGGUCUUCUCCUUCUUAGACCCCCUGGCGUAUGAGAUCUGGAUGUGCAUUGUGUUUGCCUACAUCGGAGUCAGUGUUGUACUCUUUUUGGUUUCUCGCUUCAGUCCAUACGAAUGGCAGCUUGAAGAGCCAGAGGAUGGGGCGUUGCCAUUGACAACGGAAUCAACCAACGAGUUUGGGAUCUUCAAUUCUCUGUGGUUCUCCUUGGGUGCAUUCAUGCGUCAAGGCUGUGACAUCUCACCAAGGUCUCUGUCAGGCCGUAUCGUGGGAGGUGUUUGGUGGUUUUUCACACUGAUAAUCAUCUCAUCCUACACUGCCAACCUCGCUGCCUUCCUCACUGUGGAGCGGAUGGUUUCACCUAUAGAAAGUGCCGAAGACCUGGCUAAACAAACCGAGAUAGCAUAUGGGACCUUAGACUCUGGGUCCACCAAGGAGUUCUUUAGGCGCUCUAAGAUCGCCCUCUUUGACAAGAUGUGGCAGUAUAUGAAAUCAGCAGAACCCUCAGUUUUUGUUAAGAAAACUCCAGAGGGGGUUUUGCGUGUCCGCAAGUCCAAAGGGAAGUAUGCCUACCUGCUGGAAUCGACCAUGAAUGAAUACAUUGAACAGAGGAAGCCAUGUGAUACCAUGAAAGUGGGGGGAAACCUUGAUUCCAAAGGCUAUGGCAUCGCCACCCCCAAAGGAUCACCAUUAAGAGUGCCAGUAAACCUUGCGGUUUUGAAACUGAAUGAGCAAGGAACCCUAGACAAGAUGAAAAACAAGUGGUGGUACGAUAAAGGAGAAUGUGGCUUCAAGGACUCCACAAGUAAGGAAAAGACGAGUGCUCUGUCCCUCAGUAAUGUUGCUGGAGUGUUCUACAUCCUUGUGGGUGGCCUGGGUCUGGCCAUGAUGGUGGCCCUGGUGGAGUUCUGCUAUAAGAGUCGCACGGAGGCCAAGAAGAUGAAGGUGGCAGCAACCACAUUGUCCUCCCCUCAGCACACACAAAACUACACGCAUACCCUUUCCUCCCCUCAACAUCCCCCUAACUACAACCUGCAGUCUCCUGGUCACCAGCCAAACUACGCCACCUAUAAGGAAGGCUACAACGUCUAUGGCAUCGAGAGCGUCAAGAUCUAAGACGGAUGACAUUUACAGAAGCGAUGCGCUCAAAAGCUCGUCUGUCAAUCACAGGACCGACCAGUGAGAACGGUUGUGUGCCAUCGGCCUACCUCCACCCAGGAUUACCCAUGAGUCUUAGCAUGACCGACCCGUCCUGACCACGUCCUGACCCAGUGCCUUACCGCCAAGCAACAAACUCUUUUUUUCAUCAGACCCCUAUUGAAGAACUGAAACGUGUAUUAUUUUCUCCAUUAACUUAUAAUUAAUUCCAGUGUUUGAUAGUCUUACUCUUUACUCUUUUAUCAUCACCAAAAAGUCACACUUUCACUCAACUAAUCCUCUUUUCCAAGGACUCAUGUCUUCAACAGAUUUGAGAGGUUGAAACGUAUGACAUCUUUUCCCUUUCCUGAAGCGUGUGUGGCAGGCUGCCUCCUAGGACUGCCCAAGAUACACAUUUAACAGAACAGCUGGCCUGGCCAAGGCCUCGUUUGUUUCCACCGUGGAGACAAUAACGAUAAAGCACAGCUGAAGGAUUUUAAGCCAAACAAGCUCGACUGAUUCCAGGAUGUUUUGAAUAAGCAGUGUGUUGGAAGACAUUAGGAACUAUGUGUUGACUUUUUCUGUACAUAUAACAAAAACUACUGUGGUGUCUAGUCAUUUAUGCUUUAAUGCAAAGGCAUAACAAACAAAUUUGCUACCACCAACUACAAAAAACAAGUGCGAACUGAAAAGAGUUGAGAGAAAUAUGUAGAAAAUAUUGAUAUACUGAAAAUGUAGUUCUGUAAGAUGAUGACAAAUUGAAUUAGGGAAAGUCUAAAAGCUAAUAAUUGUUUUUUACUUCAGAAAUCCUAUAUUAGUAGAGAAUUUAAAACCUGACAAAUGCAUGGACUGGCAUAUACUGUAUUUACAAAGUAUCACCCACAAAUGCAAAUGGUCAGUUCUGAAUGAACUGGAUGAGGUGCCAAACCAAUGACUGUCUGUUCCAUUUUCCUUGUGAGAAUAACAGCAGUUUAUAAUUUAAACUGAGCCAAUUGGAACUUUUAAUGCUGUGAGGUACCCAUAUUUAAAACAAUUUAAAAAACAUCCUUUUUUAUAAAUACACUGCACUAAUAAAGACAAUGCUAUUGAUGAGCAGAAUGAUGAUGAAUUUAAAAUAAUGGUAUUUGAGUGAAAAGAUGAUAGGGAUGAAAAUGGAAAAAAAAGAAUUGCAUGUUACUUGCCUAAUUUAGCCUUUUGUUGAAGAUUAACAUAUCAGCCAUUAAGCUGUACGCUUGGCUGUAUUUUACUGUUUAAUAGUAAGUAUAUUAACAAUGUUAAUUACAUGUUGACAUGGAAGACAAUGUUAUUUAUAUAGUGUACGACUACCACUGUCAUUUUGGAUUGUGGACUUAUAUUUAUCAUAAACAGAAAUUUGAUGUUAAUUUGUUUUCUUCUCAAAUAGGUAUUAAAACGAAUUCUGAGAUUAACUCAUUGUUAACCAUUGGGUAUACCUCAUAAGGACGGCUGUUUCAUGUAUUAACCAUAAUUUCACAAAUACAUGUAAAGGAAAUACCACAUUGAAAAAAGCUAGUUUCAAAGAAAACCGUUUCGUUUUUAGAUGUUUUUUAUUUAAUAUUAUAUUAUUUCUGAUCUAGCCAUUAACUUUCAUUGUUUUGUUUGUUUUGAAAGAUGUCUUUGUAUUUGAAACACAUACAUAGAACUCUGCGUGUCUCUGUGACAUAAACUGAUACAUUUUCCUACAAUAACUUUAACAAACAGACGUGUUCGCUUUUUUACCUUGGAUUUAAAAAAAAACAUUAAGACAUUUAUAGGCAUCCAUUCUCAUGGAUCAUUUCAGAAGAAAAUGUGCCAACGGAGAGAUAUCCUUUGUAAUAUAGUUCAGUUGAGUAAACAUUUAAAAAAUGUUCCGGUUAUCAUUACAUAAUACUAAUGAUAAUAAGUGAAAACUGUACAACUUUGUCAAUGUUAAAUCCCAGGUUAUUCUCAUUAUGUGAGAUGGAAAAAUGAAUUAAAUAAAGAUUAGUCAGGUUAAGAAAUAAGGUGAAAACUUAAUUUUUUUAAUCAUUUAAUGAUUCAAAAUGGUCAGGUUCCAAACAAAAGAUACUGUUAAAAAUCCACAUGAUCAAAACCCAAGAAGGUUAAAAUAGAAAUCUAAAAAUGAUCUUUUGGAAUCUCAAAGAGGCACAGAUUACAUAAUAUCCCCAUAAAUCGAAUGUGCUAUGGAAAGAUAGAAUGUUUCUUCAUAUCCAUAAUCAACAUUUAAAAGAAACGAAAUACUAAAAUCAAACCACAUAACUCAAUAGUAAGGUAUUAGGACAUAUUUUUUUGUGAUAGGAUAUCAAUAACCAAUUCAUUUAUUGUAGUUGUGGUCUUCAAAUAACCUGAGAUUCCUUAAUUCUUAAUGUUUGCAAAUGUUUUACACUGUGCCAUACAUCUUUUUCUCAAUGAUGGCUUAGUGCAAAAAGCUUAAAGGCAAGCUUACCAACCUUUAUUUAGAUCAUAUUUUGAGAUAAUUAGUGCUGAUCAGUCUACAAAGAACCCAGAAACAAUGUAAUUGAUCUGAAUAUAAGAAAUCAAAUAUGGGUAAUCAUAUAAUGUAAAGUCAUCUGUCUAAAUGCCAAACCGGGGACUAUAAUAACAAAUUGAUUAGUGGCAUUAUCAAAUGAUGAUUAUUUAAUGAUCAAGUAUUAACUUUGUUGUUGAUAUUAUAAUAUGCUAAAUAAUAACAUCUUUCUGAUCAUUAUGUCUUUAAAAGGGACAUUUUAUACAAAAUUCUGUGUUAUGUUUUCCCAGUUGCUCACCAUUUCUUGGCUGUAUGAAUGCAGAAAAAAAACAGUAUUACAUAAAAUGUAAUCACAUUGAGUCUAUAAUGCAUGGAUGCUUAAUGUAUUGCCUAUAUUUUAAGCCCAGCUAUAGAAAAAUAAAAACAUUAAUUUAUAGAUAGGCCUUUCUACUUUGAUUCACUAAAGUUGCCAUAGGUUAGAAAUAAUCAGGUUUAUUAAAAGUUUUGUUUCAUUGGAAACAUUUGCAUUGUUUUAAUUCAUUUGUAUAUUCAACCAUAACAUAACAACAUCAACAUAAAUGUAAUAUUUGCAAUUAUUUAAAAGUUAUAUAGUUUGGAAUGACUGCAUAUGUAUGUGUGACUGACUGCUACGAUUUUUAAGAUGUUUUGCAAAUAAAGUUCAAGUAGAACCCUCUACUUGUUCAUUAGAUAUAUAAAGGCAUUGCAAGUAUUUAAGUUAUGUACAAUCUUUUUUGAAAAAUAUUUGUUUUAAGUAAGCCUUCUUCUGUCAUUUUCCCAUUUAUAAUCGAAUCCUUCAACAUUCAAAAAUACCUUUCUUUGUGACCUGGUCUAAAUCCAAUCAAGAUUUUUUUCGUUCAAAUUCAAUAAAAAUGUCUGCAUUCUGGUCGUUUCAUACAUGUUGUGAUGCACUUGGACACUAUAUGGAGGCUAUUUAUAUAUUCAGAAUAAAAUUGAGUUGCAUAUUG